AUGUCCCGUUUCAGUAACUGGAAGGCCUGCCAGGUCAGCAGAAGCUUGAUGCCAUUUGACAACAUCAGAGCGCCCCGUGAGAGGAGGAAGGAGAAGAAGGAAGCCCUGUUUGAAGAGCAGCCCCGGCCCCUCGGUCAGAGGCUGCCGAAGGGGGAAGGGGCCCAGAUCGCAGGCGACAAGACCAGGGACGCGAGAGCUGACAAGGCUGUGGAGGAUGGCACUCCUCUCGGCAAGAGAGACUCCCGGAAGGACGCCAGGGGAACAGACUGGAAGCUGCCAGUCCCCCUGGGACCUGUUUAUCCACCUUUGGUCUCGAGUCUGAGCUCCAUGAAAGCCCUGGGACGAAGCUGGGAACUGUCUCCUCCGACGACAAACAGGUUCCGGAUACACGACGUGCGUGCGGCCCGCCUGCCCCAGCAGGGCCCCUUCCAGAACUCCAUGGACCUGAAGGCGGAGAAGAGGCUGGCCGGCUGCAAGGAGCGUCGCAGCCGCUUUGGAGACAUCAACACUCACAAGUGCUAUCAGUUUGGACAGAUUUUCUGCCCUUCCCAGGCCCUUGCCACCACGGAGAUGCGAAGACUGGUUUUCCCUCGAGACCUGCCCAUGAGCCCACACAUGCAGAGACUGGGCAUCUCCUGCCCCACUGAAGGGAGUCUUCAGGACUUACCCUUGUCUUCCGCAGAACUGGGCUUGGGGAAGGACGCCAACAACAAUGAAAAGGAGAAACCAUCAAGCCACAUGAAAACACCUCUAUUCCCCCCAAUAGUUAAGGCAACAAAAUCUAAUGACAGGAAAUAA